AUCAAAUUUAUGUACGUGAAACCUUUACCCUCUCUAACUCACAUUGGUAGAUACUAUGUCCGCAUCAUAAAGGACUUGUCAGUCGUCAAACAAAUCCCAGCUGGCUCAACAGUGCUUGUUGGAGGCUUUGGAUUAUGUGGUAUUCCAGAGUGCAGCAUCAAUGCCUUAAAGGAGGCAGGCACAAAGAAUAUCACUGUAGUCAGCAAUAAUUGUGGCACCACAGAUCUUGGAUUAGGAUUACUUCUAAAUAAUGGGUAAUUGAAGAGAGUGAUAGCCUCAUAUGCAGGAGAAAAUCACAAUUUAGCCAAAUAGUACUUUGAUGGAACUUUGGAGUUAGAAUUAGUCCCUUAAGGCACCUUGGCUGAAAAAUUGAGAGCCGCUGGUGCUGGUAUUCCUGCAUUUUACACACACACCGGAACAGAUACAGUUGUAGAGAAAGGUGGAAUUCCCAUCAAAUAUAGCAAGGGUGGAAACUCAGUUGAAAUUGAAUCUAAACCAAAACCUGUUGAAUAUUUCAAUGGCAAGAAGUACAUUAGAGAAGAUUCUAUUUGGGGAGACUAUGCCUUGAUCAAGGCCAAUGUUGCUGAUACCAAUGGUAAUCUUAGAUUUGUGGGAACAGCCAGAAAUUUCAACCAAGACAUGGUCAAAGCAGCUAAAGUUGUUAUUGCAGAAGUCGAUUCCAUUGUGCCAGUUGGAAGCUUUGGAUUUGAUCAAGCACACGUCAAUGGAAUAUACGUUGACUAUCUCUAUUAAGGCAAUAACUAUCUGAAGACUGUCGAGAGAUUAGUUUACGAUUAAAGCGUAUAUGAUAAGAAUAAAGAUAUCAAGCCAUAAGGAAAAUAGAAUGCAAUAAGAAAUAGAAUUGCAAAGAGAGCAGCCUAAGAAUUCAAAAAUGGCAUGUAUGUUAAUUUGGGCAUCGGAAUCCCAACUCUCAUACCAGCAUUUCUUGAUUCAAGCAUGACAAUUCAUUUCCAUACAGAAAUUGGUGCAAUUGGAGUUGGUCCAUAUCCAAAAUUAGGCCAAGAAUUAGGUGAUCUUUAAAAUGCAGGAAAAGAGUCAUGCACUUUGAAUCCUGGUGCUACCACUUUUGAAAGCAGUGAAUCAUUUGGCAUCAUCAGAGGAGGACAUUUAGAUAUGACUGUGUUGGGAGCGAUGUAAAUUACAAAACAAGGAGAUAUUGCUAAUUGGGUUAUACCAGGAAAGAUGGUUAAAGGAAUGGGAGGAGCAAUGGAUUUAGUGGCUUCUGGAUCUAAAGUGUUAGUUGUUAUGGAACAUACUGCCAAAGGAGAAGUUAAAUUUGUUAAUCAAUUAUAAUACCCAGCAACAGGAAUGAACAAAGUCAGCCAAGUUAUCACAGACAAGGCUGUGUUUGUUAAGAGAGAUGGCCAAUUGGUCUUGACUGAAAUCUCUAGUGAUACUACACUUGAAUGGGUUAGAGCCAAUACUGGAUUUGAAUUGACAGUCGCUGACGAUCUAAAAACCUUCUAAGUUUGAUACAAUAU